AUGAUCUAAGAGUAUAUUGAUAAAACAUUAAAAGCAGAAACUCUUAUAAGAUAUUUAGAAAGAAAGAUUGUUGAUACUCUAAUUUUAAAAUAAAAAUUUUAUCAUAAUUUGAAAAAUACUUGUGUUUUACCUUAAGAUGAUUUAGAUUUUAAUAAAUAAUUAUAUUUAUUAUGUGAAUAAGUAUAUGAGGUAAAUAAACUUAUAAAAUUUACAUUUGAAAAUGAACCAAAUUAAAAAAUUCAUAGUUUGUACACAUUUUUUUAAGGGGAAAUUUUAUCUAAUUAUCAUAAAUCAAUAUUAUUUUAUAAAAAUUCUAAAUGUUUAGAAGCAGAAUUAAAUAAAUUUUAGCAAAUAAUCAAUUUUAAUAUAAAUUAAAAAAAUGUUCACUAUGUAAUUUUAGAACUUUGCGAUGAUAUGCAAAAUUUGACUCUUGUAGGAUAAUCACAAAAUUUUCAUGAUAAUUUUGGAUCAAAUUAUUAAAAAUAAAAAUUAUUUGAACAUUUAUUACCAGAUUGUUUAGUUCCAUAUCAUAAUUAAUAUGUAAAACAAUUUUUUGAAACUGGAACUAGUAAAUAUUUUAAUGUUUUUCAGAUUAAUUUUAUAAUGAAUUCUUAAAAUAUGUUAACAUCUGUAAAUAUGUGUCAUUGUGUUACAAAUAUAUUCAAAAGUAGAAAUAUGACUUUUGCUGUAUUUUUAUAAGAAGCAUCUUAAGAUAAAGCUUUUUUAAUAAUAGAUGGUAAUAACAUGAAUUGCACAUUUACAAAGAAUUUAUUAAUAUUAAUUGGGUGGUAAGAAUCUGAAAUUAAAUUUUUAUCUUCUCUAAAAGAAUUUAAUUAAGUAGAAAUAUCGUAAAUUUAUCCAAAUUUUGAAACAGUUUUAAUGGAAAAUUAAGAAAAGGAAAUAAAAUUAACUUCAGUAAGAAUGUAUUUUCCAACACCUUAAAGUAGUUUUGAAUCUUUAUCAAGUGAAAUAAAAAUUUCUCCUAAAAAAGCAAGAUAAAAUUUAAAAUUGUUUAAUAUAGAGUGUGAUAUACUUAUUUAAAGGAAACAUAUAGGUAAUUAUUGUUAUUAUAUAUUGGAUAUUAUAAAAAUGGCUGAAUUUAAUAAGGGACGUGAGUUUUCUUAAAUACAAUAAAGAUUAUCUUUAAAUUCUUCUAAAUAAAAUGAAUCUUUAAAUUAACCAUUUCAUUUAGAUUGCAUUGUUGAUUAGUAAGAUGAUUCACCUCACAUUGGUAAUCUAAAUAGUGUAAACUUUAUUAAUUAAUAACAAUUUGGGUCUAUUUAAAACAUUUCUAAACCUUUACUUUUUUAAGUUAAUCCAAUAAUAUUUGCUAAUAAUUCUCCUGUUCUUAAUUCAAGACGAGAAGAAACGAUAAAUUAAAGUGAAUAAUAAUUAAUUACUUAAAGGAAUAGUUUGAUUAAGUAAGAUGUUAAAUCUCCAAGUUUCAUGGAUUAAUAAAGCUUUAAAAGUAAAAAUUGCAAUGAAAAUUCAUAAAUAAAAUCUUUUGGAUUACAAUUCAAAGAAAAUUCAAAUGAAACAGAUAAAAUUCAUUAUACUUAUGAAUUACUUUAAUAAGUAUUAUCUUUAAGUCCAUCAAAAUAUUAAUAGAAAUUUAUGUUUCUAUUUAGUGUUUGGUUUUUAUUAUUUAUUAUUUUUAUAUUAGUACAUUUUUUAGAAUUAAAAAAUGACUUUAAUGACUUUUUAUCAUAUGGAUUUAUGACAUCAUUUUAUUCUUCUAUAAUGGGACCACAUGAUUUAUUUUUUUCAAUGAGAGUUACAAUAACUGCCUAUCAAUAAAUGAAUAGAGAAGGUCUUUUACCAAGUACUUAAUUAUUUCAAUUAACUGAACCAUACUAUUAAUCUAUUUAAUUAGGAUAUACAGAAUUAAGAGAUAGUUUUUAUGAUUAAUUAAACAAUUAAUAUAUUAAAACUUUUUUAGACAAUGAGAAUAUUACUAUGAAUUUUAUGAAAGAAAAUGAAGAAUAAAUUUAUCCUUUAGAUGUUUCUUUUAGAGAUGCUUUAUUUAUCAUUUUAUAAUAUUAAUAUGCUUAAAUGAUUACUUUUUAAAAACGUGAAAGUACAUCUGGUAAACCAUUUUAAAUUUCCUUAUUUGCUAAUUAUUUUAUGCUUCAUUAAGAAUGUGAAAAAUUAACUAUGUCCAUGUAUGAUUAUACAAUUGAAAUGUAUUAAAACAUGAUUUAAAAAUUAAUUAUUUUAUGGAUAGCUUUUAAUUUCGUUUUGGUAAUUUUUUAUAUUUAUUUAUAAUAUUUCUAAAUAGAAUUCUUUUAAUAAAUGGACAAAUUUAUAUAACUAAUAUUUUCUAUUGAUGACCAUGUUUUGAAUAAUGAAAUUUAAAGAUUUAAUGAUUUAAUAAGUUCAAUUAAAAUUAGUUCUGAUAUUUUAUUCAAAUAUAAUCCUGAAUAUUAAUUAUAAUAACAUUUAAAGAAACCUUAACACUUUUAAAAAAGUUAAAAUUAUCAUUAAAAAUAAAAUUAGAAUUAUUAAACUGUGAAGAAAAGUAGAAGUUUUAUCAAGAUUUUGAAUGUAGCAUUUCUUAUAUCAUUAUUGUGUUUAAUAUUUCUCUUUUCACUACUAAAUAUUACAUCAGUUUCACUUUUUUUUAAUAAAUAUGAUGAUACUCUUUAGUUUUAUGGAUAAGUUUAAGAAAUGAAACUAAGAUCAGGUAAUUUGUUCUUAUAUAGAGAAAUAUUUUUUAGAUGGUAAAAUUUUACAUUUCUAACAGACAAUAAUAAAUUAGAACUUUAUGAUUUAAUUAAUAAAGCUUAAAAUGCAAUAUCACAUUACAUUUAAAUAUCUAAUUCAAUUAAUUUUGAACGUUAUUUGUUAGAUUAAAAUUUCAUUGAUUUGUUUGAUAACAUUAAUCAUAAUUCUCUUUGUGAAUAAAUAGAUCAAGUAAUUAUUUUUUAUAAAAUUAGAAAUUUUUAAAUUUAUCAUCAAUUUAUUGUAUAUAGUCAUUAGAUGGAUCAUUUUCUAAAGGAAUGAUCACAACAUUAAAUUAUAUGUCAAAUUUAAUAAAAUCUUAAUAAGCAAUAAACAAUUUUAGUCAUAGAGUUGAAAUGCAAUAUUAUGAAUAAGAAGGUUCAUAGAUUGUUAGUAGAAUAUUCUCUGUUUUAGUCAAUUAAUUUAAUACAAGUUUGUAAAAAUAAUUUGAAGAAAUAAAAUUAUUUGUGACAGUAUAUUUAAAAUCUUUAAUUCUAGGUUAUAUCAAUAGUUUUUGGCCUUUUAAUUAUUGUGAUAUAAAUUUUGAUAUUUUAUUAUUAUUCUCCUUAUUUAGGUAGGAUAAUGAAAAUAAUUAAAAGAGUAGUUCAUUUAAUUCCUUUUGAAUCAUUAAUAAAUAAUGAAACUUUAGAGAGAUAGUUAAAAGAAUUAAAGUUUAAAUUUUAAUGA